UCAUAAAUUAUACGUUGUUUGUUUAAAAGUGUAUGCUGAUUAUUCGAAAAUAGUAUGCUACUUAUUCAAAAAUAACUUGUUUAAAUGACAUCGAUUCUGACCUCAUGUAUGGACAGUCACUGAAGAGAAAUUGUAAAGAAGAAUAUAUAAAUGUAGAUUUUAGAAACGAAUUGUGUUUAAGAGAUCUCAACUACUAUGAUGAGUGCCUCUCAGGAAUCGAUCCAUAUAACAUCUUGUAUCGCUAUUGCAAAGAUGAUUCUACUAAGAAACAUGAAGGUCCAUGGAUUAGAUCUCUGACUCAAAAGUUUGACUCCUCUCUUAAUUCUCCUCUCACAGAGUGGGACACAAGAUGCCAAACAUAUCAUUUUUUCCUUGCCACUCAAUGGGCCAAUGAUCAGAGUGUUCGGAAAUCGCUGCACAUUCGAGAGGGAACAAAGGGUAAAUGGGAACGUUGUUGGAAAAGUGAUUUUGAGGAAGAGAUCUCUAGUAGCUUCGUCUUUCAUGUAAAUCUCAGUGCGAAAGGAUAUCGUUCUUUAAUAUAUAGGUGAAGAGUUAUAUAUGUUUUGUUUUGAAAAGUUA